UACUUAUCUGGCGUGCAAAUGGCCGAAAGCGGCCUUCCCGCACGGUCGCUUAUGGCCGUUCCCUCGCCGGAAUUGCCUCCACGCACCACGCAUCUGUACCGCCCACGCACCUUCACCCCUGUUGCGCCAAGCACCAUUCCAACUUUUUUCCUGUCUGAUCGUAACGCUUCUCCCUUCAUGUCGCAAGUUCAAUCGCCCGUAUGGUGGUUCCAUCACAACUCUUUAGAACAGGACGAAAAUGGCCUUCCCUUUGCUCGCCCAGGUCCAAAUUGAGGGUGGGCAAUCGCCCAUCCCUCUCUCCUUCUGUGAAAGAGGUCACCAGCUGCAGUCUUUCCUCCAACUCUGAUAUUCACUACUCUCUAGCUCUGCCUCUAUACACCAUUUUCUAUCAGACUGCUUUAGUUUGUCUAUCUCUGUUGCUUCGCUCGAUACUUUACUUUUCUUCCUGUCUUCGUUGUCCUUCUCAGUCCCCGGAAGAGAAGUAUGAUCCGUAGAGGUGAAGAUGAUCCCCGCCUGUCAGAUAGCGAUCCAGAUAGCGGCUACAACAGUGGCUGCUUCUCGGAUGCUGAGGACUCCCAGACGGACUGCUCGUCUGUCUCGGGCUGCGAUGAAGAUACCAAGGCUGGUGCCGACAGCGACAUAAGCGACGACGAGAACAGUGACGACGACGGAGAGUGGCUGCAGAAUCAAGAGGAAGAACAUCCGCCCGAAUAUUAUCUGCAGCUGGCAGCAAGCCUCGAUACAUCCAAGCUUCGACAACUGCGUUACAGUCCAAACACACAGGCGAGACUUGACUGGGUCGAAGAGCACUGGAAAGAACACUGCAGCUAUGUCGGCUGGGACGUCACCGAGGCCUAUCAUGACAUUACCAUUCGGACCCUCUACUCGUUUCUCUCCUGGGUCUGUGACCGACGUUUUGGGAAGAACGGAAGACGAAGGGGGAUCAAGCGCCUCAGCUCCCUGCAGACUUUCUGGAAAUGGUUCCAGAUGGUGUACAAAAUCGGGGCCGGCAAGAGCAUCGACCAGGAGAUCAUCACCAAAUCCCAGGAUCUCCUCAGGUUGAUCGCAAAAGAAAAAGGCCUCAGCGAGGAGGCAAUAGAGAAGGGAACAAUGUAUGUAGAGGAUCUGGCGGAGUUUUGCCGGGUACUCCUCGCAACAACCGAGAUGCUGUUCCUCGUUGGGUAUCUGCGUAUCCAGUUGAUCCUAUUCUGCCACUUCGCCGGGUACACGUCGAAUCGACCGUCCGCGAUGCUGGACAUCCGUUUGGGGGAUCUGGAGCUAACUCUGGUGAGAGACGCCGUGUUUGGACGGCCCCGCCUGGUGGUCAAGGUCACCUUCGACUAUACGAAGAGAUUUUUGGGCAAGAAAGCAAGCGACACCUUCCCUCUUCCAGAGAUCAUCUACGAUCCAUCGCUGAUACUCAGCCCCCACGUCUUCCUCCUCGGUAUGCUGUUUCACUUCAAAGCAUUCAAAGACCCCAAUAUCACCUCACCUGAGAGCCUGUAUAGAUUGGAUGUUCUUAAAGGGCUAAAUCAGCAAAAGCUGCUCUUGCGGGAGGACCUGAGAGAUAAGUUCCUGUUCUGCGAGGCUAUCCGUGAUGGGGAGACCGUCAAGCUACUCCAGGCGGUGCGGCUCUCGCCCAGGAAGGUGAGCUAUCGAAUGAAGAAGGGCGGUGAGCUGACGGGGUUUGAGCAAACGGUCAAGCCAUAUGUAUUGCGCAAUGGUGCCGCAAACAAAUUGAAUGAAAAUCCGGACGUGAGCGAUUCAAUGCAGAACCAGAUUCUGAAACACUCCAACAUCAGCACCUACGUAAAACACUAUCAGAAUCGUAACAUAACCGUAAACACCUACCGGAAUUACCGUGGACUCGACCCAAAAGCAGAUGACUACCUCAAUCUAAACUCAAUGAGCUUAUCCAUUGACCCACGUCGACCCUGGAAGCUCACAGCCCAAGAGUCCCGAUCACUCAAGCGGAGGCGCGACGCCACGGCUCCUGGAAAGAAGCGUGAUGCGUUGGAAGACCGGUGCAGAGAAGCCCAGAGGCGCCUGAACAAUGACAAGCAGCACGCAAGGGUGAAGCUGAAGAGGGAGAAACUGCAGAGAUACAAUGAAGAACAACCGGUCAUUGACAGUAGACGCCAGCUUGAGGGCCAGAUAGUCGACGAAGCGAUGAAGAGUGUGCUGGAGCGGACGGAAUAUAUGAUGCCAGAGAUGAUAGUUCUCAUCGAUGCCCUCCUAACGCUCCCGAGGGACUCUUGGGAUGCAGAGCAGCAGAGGCGAAUCAACGCGAUCAAUGCAAUCACAUCAUACUGCGGGGUCCAGGAGGGCUCCCUGCGCCAGUACCGAAGCCCGGACGUCAAAAUGACUCAAGACAGAGAGGAUGCACAACCGUCGGUAAAUAAGCCACCAGUACCCGAGGAAGUUAUUCGCUUGACUAUCAUCAAGUGCAGUGAAGCCAAGCGACCAACGAUGUGUUUCCUCUGUCUUCAGAACGAGAAGUUGAAGCACCAGGAACGUAUACACUCCUACCAUGCGGGCAGUAUAACCAAACACUUUGAGCGAAAGCACCUGAAGGAUUUUAAGAAGCUCGAUUGUAAGACCUGUAAAGUAACGCUUGACACCCUGAAGGACCUCCUGAUCCAUGCAGAGCAAAAGCACGGAACCGUCACUCGAAAUCCGAGGUAUCUAAGUCUCUGAUGCUCGCGGGGGCCAGGGGCUAGGCUUCCCAGGCUGUUUGAUCUCGACUGUGUUGCUGUUGUGUUUGGUUGAGCUGGAUUCUCGACCAAAGUAUGCUAUUUAUCGC